AUGCCGAAAGUACUAAAGUUCCUGGCAAUAGGAUCGUACUGUAUACUAACACCAACUUUAUUUGCCAUUUUGGUGCCUUGUGUCGUCCAUAGCAUUAGGUUUUCUUCUUGGGAGAAGUGUGAAAAUUAUCCUUUUGAGACUAAUUUGAUAAUGGCGGCAUUCACCGGCGCCAGCGGAGUGCUUUGGGUGACUGGGAAUCCCAGGGAAUACCACUUUCUCUACAACUGGUUACUUGUCAUCGCUGAGUUAAUAGUGCUCGAGUUUCUCUAUAUUGCCUAUGCCCAUAUUUUAUUAGAAGCGAAAGUGUGGCAAUGGCAUCUUUUACUCUUUGGUUUCCAAAUCUUCAGCUUUAUUUUGGUUCUGUUACACGUGCUGGCAUCUAAGAAGAUUAUAAACAAACGCUUGUUCGGAAACCUUUUGAAUUUGGUGCAUGAUAAAUAA